AUGGCUGCCGAAAACGCCAACUAUGCAGCGGUGGCUGCUGCGGCUGCUGCUAGUGCUGCGGCUACGGAACGCAAACUUGUUGAAUCGGUCAGGCUGCAACGCGACCUACGGGAGCUGGAGGCCCAACGUGAGGACAAUGAGGCACGUAUUGCAACUCUUGAACAGAGAUACCUCUCCGCUCAACACGAAGCCACAAUUGCACAUGAAAAAGCUAGCCAUGUCAGCUCCGAACUGAUUUCCCGCGAGGCUGAAUUAAAACAGUCUGAAGAACGUGUCAACCAUCUGCACAUCGAAGUGGACAUGCUGAAGAACAAGAAUGAGGAUCUGCUGGUGCAGCUGGAAAAGUAUCGCAAUGGAACUGACCAGACGACGAAGGGCGAGGCCUCCGAACAGAUAGUCUCCUCGACGGGGUCUGUUGGAACCCUGGAGAAUGGGGUGGCAGCAAAACCUCAAGAGGCCCAGUCGGAGGAGCACAAGGCUGCGGCUUUGAGUGAUGCAGAUGCCAGUAACCUGAGACAACAACUCAGCCAGGCAGACGAUCGAAUUCGAGAAAUGCAGGCAGCCAUGACAGAGACCCAGGCGGAACUCCAACGAGCACGCCAGCGCGAGCGCCUGAACGAGGACCACAGCGCUCGUCUUACAGCCACCGUACGUCCCCUAUGA